UUUGUGGGUGCAGCAUGACAAAAGAAAAAGAAAAAAAAGGCUCAAGAGAUAUAAAUGAUUCGGCAAUGCACUGGAUCUUGCUGGUUUGUCAGUCAGUGGUUUCCACCAACCUCUAACACUCCAUGUGAGACACCAAAACCCUCCGUCAUCUCUCUGUGGUCGUUCACCUGCUUGGAGAACAAUUGUUACCAUGCUUCCCAUGACACGCAGGUGACGGACACAAAGCACAAAAACACCAGUUUUCUUCUCUCUAAUUGGUUCAUAAUAAUCUUUGGGACACAUAAAAAGGAGUUCUCACAGCAGAAAGACACAGUUGUCCUCCAAUAUUUGGAGCAAGAGUGGCUUUUGAAGAUUUCAAGGUGCAAAAAUGAAGCUUUUUCUCUUCGCUGUGUUUGUGGCGGCAGUCACCUCCAGUGUCAGCGGGGGCAAGACCGCGAGACUGUUGGCAGCCAUGAAUGCUGGGAUGCUUAAUGGGAUGAUGGCAGGAGGUUUGAACCCUCCUCUGGUGGCUGGUGGUGGACUGGGUUUAAUUGGGCAGCCCCAGUUGGGUCAGAUUGUCCCUGGACUCCCUGCCUUCGCUGUUCGAGCUCCAGUUCCUAACAUGUUCCCUGCAGCAGUCAAUCCGUACCAGUUCCCUGUGAUGGGCGUUCCUCCAAUGCCCCAAAUGAAUCCUCCUCAGCAACUUCAGAUGGGAAUGGCUGGAGGUGUCAUGCAGCAGCAGCCUGCCUUUCAGGCUCCUUUUCAGGCUCCUUUUCAGGCUCCUUUUCAGGCUCCUGCUCAGCCUCCUGCUCAGCCUCUGGUUCAGCCUGAUCCACUCCGAAGAUUCAGGCGUCAGACUGUGAAAUCUGAAAAUGCAGGAAAGUCUUCUGUGGACACACAGAUUCCACGUCCCACUGAGUCCACAACAGUUUCUCCUUGUAACAACAAGGAAGCUGAUUAAGUUCACAUUGGUAAAAUGUCAAAAUCCUACUCCAUGGCAAAAGGAGGCGUCUCAUGUUGUCUUACUCUAUGUAUCGUCUUGAUUUGAAUCAAAAAUAAAAUCAAUCGGUUUUUGUACCUUUGUUUCCAAUAAAGAAAUUAUAUUGAAA